ACCCAAAUGAUUGAUCUUCCAUCGCUGUUCGCUGUUGUUCAAGAUUUCUCUUUCUGUUUCUUUCAUCUCAAGUUCUGUCUGCUCCGUCUAAUGCCAUCUUUGUCGCUUGAAUUUCGUAUUUGCUGAUCUGUUUUCUCACUUUGUCGUUGUUUGAGAGGCUCAUUUCUAGGAUCAUGUCAAGGAGGCCAGUAAAUCUUUCACGGCGCUUAGCUGAUGGUGGGAGCAUACCAUUUGUGGGCUCGAUUCAGUCUAAAUCUCGCAGCUCCCCUUUACUGUCCAUUGGGCUUGUUGUCGUGGGUGCAAUCCUCAUCAUUGGUUACGUUUUUAGCAAUUCAGGUGGAGCAAGUGUGGAUAUUAAGGGUGUAAGUAGACUUGAAGGUGGUGCUUCAUGCACAUUAGAAGUUCUAAAAGCCUUGCCUGUAUUAAAGAAAGCAUAUGGAGACAGCUCACGUAAGGUUUUGCAUGUUGGUCCAGACACUUGUUCUGUGGCAUCUGGUUUAUUGAAAGGCGAGGGAACUGAGGCCUGGGGAAUUGAGCCAUAUGAGUUAGAUGAUGUUAGUGCAAACUGCAAGACUCUUGUACACAAGGGCAUUGUGCGUGCAGCUGACAUCAAGUUUCCUUUACCAUAUCGUGCAAAAUCAUUUUCGCUUGUCAUUGUCUCAGAUGUACUGGAUUACUUAUCUCCAAAAUAUCUGAAUAGAACUCUUCCAGAGUUGGCAAGGGUUGCUGCUGAUGGUGUUGCCAUCUUUUCUGGUUAUCCAGGUCAGCAAAGAGCUAAAGAUGGAGAAGUGGCGAAAUUUGGCCGUCCAGCCAAAUUACGAAGCUCGUCUUGGUGGAUAAGGUUUUUUGUUCAGACUAGUUUAGAAGAGAAUGAAGCUGCAGGAAAGAAAUUUGAGCAAGCUGCAGCUAAGAGAUCAUACAAGCCAGCUUGCCAAGUAUUUCAUAUCAAAGCAUACCCCUGAGAUUUUAAUGUUAUAUUUUUCACUCAAUUAAGGGCCCGAAGGGUAAGUUCAAUACAUUAUAUGAAAAUUAUAGAUUUUUACAUUGAGACUAAGAUGUAUUUCAUUGUGAUGAUCUAGUUCAUUGGUUAAUGGUUAAUAUAUGCCAUUGUGUCACUAUUGAUUUGGAUAGUGCUUAGACGAAGUAAUUACAAAAUCCUAUUGAUAUUA